GGCUCUAACAAUACCUCCCCGAAACGUUAUGAGAUUCUGGGAAGCAUCAAUUCUUCUGAUGGAAAAGUGGCCCACAAUUUGUUUGGGAAAUGGAAUGAGGCUUUCUUUUGUGGGCACGCCACGUCUGCCAAGUGUAUAUGGAGACCAGGAACCAUGCCUGAGAACUACGAGCUCUACUAUGGAUUCACCAGGUUCGCCAUGGAGCUCAACGAGCUGGAUCCUGACACGGCCAAGUUCCUACCACCGACAGACACCAGGUUCAGACCUGAUCAAAGACUUCUUGAGGAGGGGAAGGUUGCUGAAGCUGAGGCAGAAAAGCACAGACUGGAGAACUCACAGAGAGAUCGUCGCAGGAACCUGGAGGCCAGCGGAGUGGAGCUGAAACCUCUGUGGUUCAAGAAAGUUGAAACCAGUGACAAGUCAGAAACCUACGAGUAUACGAACAAGUACUGGGAGGCCAGGAAAGACCCCGGCUUUGGGCGCAUGUCUUUCAUGCAGAUAUAUUAA